ACCGGCAGGCGUGGCCUUUUAAACCUUAAAUUGCUCAGGUUUAUGCAAUUCAGCUUUUCUGUGCCUUCUGUCAUGCCACAGGCUUCACCAUCUGACACGGGCACCAGCAGCUGUCUGCCUGCAGCUGGGGGCUGAGCGCAGGCCCUGCCCAGCCAUGCCAGCCCCAGCCUGCUGAUCCGACACCUGCACCGCUCCCUGCAGCGCAUGAGAGACACGGCAAAGCCACACACAUCUGACGGCACACGAGCCUUGCUACAGCUCUCAUAGACAGAAAACGGGUUGGGUGUUCCCACCUGCCCCCUUUUGAAUUGCAUCCAUUCUGAUUAUGAGCCAGAAAGAAGAAGAAAUGGAGGAUAGCUCCCUGCCACUCUGUGUCACCUGCGGCCAAGCGCAUUUACCGGAAGAAAACCACUUGUACAGCUACACCGAAGAAGUAGAUGAUGAUCUGAUAUGCCACAUUUGCCUGCAACCUUUGCUGCAGCCAUUAGACACGCUCUGUGGUCACACCUUCUGCACAGCCUGCCUUACAAACUUCCUCGUGGAAAAAGACUUCUGUCCCAUGGACCGCAAGCUUGUGAUUCUCCAGACGUGCAGGAAGUCCAGCAUACUAGUGAAUAACCUCCUGGACAAGCUAAUGGUUAGCUGCCCUUUCACAGAACACUGCUCAGAGGUUGUGCAACGUGGUCACCUUGAACAGCAUUUCCAAACCCAAUGUAAAGGAGCAUCCCACUAUGGCCUUACCAAGGAACGGAAGAGGCGUUCCCAGGACUGCUCUCCAGACCGUGGCUCCAGCUUGGCAGUAGCUGCCCUGGGCCCUGAGCUCUCAGCAGCUGCAGCCAUCGCCUUAAUGACGGAUGAGCCAGGGCUGGUGAACCCGGCCUUCAGCCCCACCUCAGAGGACAGCCAGCUGGGCAGCAGCCCCGGAGACCUGCACCGCAGCAACCGCAACAGAACUCGACACUUUGAACGUUCCACUAUAAGAAGCAGAUCUUUUAAAAAAAUAAACAAGGCGUUCAGCGUCCUUCGAAGGACAAAAAGUGGAAGUGCCGUUUCCAACCAGACUGACCGGGAAAGGGAGACUGUUGGAAACUCUGCUGCUGGAGAGGAAGAUUCAGAAUGCUCCAUACAACCCCCUGAGACAAAACCACAACAUUCUGUGGGAAAACCUGGAAGAAUCACCAAAAACAAGACAGAAAGUUUCCUUCUUUCUAGAUUCAGCAGCUCUUCGAUAUUUAAGGACUGGAAAUAUAAAAUGGUAAAGAAAGGUUUCCCCAGGUUGUACCACCUGAUUCCAGAUGGGGAGGUUACCUGCAUUAAGAUCAGCCGUACGGAUCCCCAUGAAAGCCUGGCCAUCAGGAUCGUGGGAGGCAGUGAGACCCCUUUGGUUCACAUUAUUAUACAGCAUAUUUAUCGAGAUGGGGUGAUUGCCAGAGAUGGAAGAUUGCUGCCUGGAGACAUGAUACUAAAGGUAAACGGCAUGGACAUCAAAAAUGUGCCUCACAACUAUGCCCUGUCAAUCCUGAAGCAGCCCUGCCAUGUGCUGCGACUGACGGUGCUCCGAGAGCAGAGGUACCGAUGCCGAAACAGCGGGCUUUCCCUGGAUGCUCUCUGCAAUAGGGAUGACAGCUUCCAUGUAGUGCUAAACAAGAGCAGUCCGGAUGAGCAGCUGGGGAUAAAGCUGGUCCGCAAGGCCGACGAGCCGGGGGUGUUCAUUUUCAACUUGCUGGAAGGCGGCAUGGCGGCCCGCGAUGGGCAGCUGCAGGAGAACGACCGCGUGCUGGCCAUCAACGGGCACGACCACCGCUACGGCAGCCCCGAGAGCGCUGCCCAGCUGAUACAGGCCAGCGAGAAGCAGGUUCACUUCGUGGUGUCGCGGCAGAGCAGGCAGCAGACCCCCGACCUCCUGCAGGAGACCGGCUGGACUUCCAGCGCCGGCGGCUCCCAGCCUUGUCCCGCCGAGAGAAACAACGCCGGCAAGAGCACACUUCACACUGUCACCUGUCAUGAGAAGGUGGUGGCUGUCCGGAAAGAUCACACGGAAUCCCUGGGAAUGACUGUGGCAGGUGGAGCAUCUAACCGGGAAUGGGAUUUGCCUAUCUACGUGAUAAGUGUGGAACCUGGAGGAGUGAUCAGCAGAGACAGCAGGAUAAAAACAGGUGACAUCCUCCUGAACGUGAACGGCAUUGAUCUGACAGGAGUCAGCCGGAGUGAGGCCGUCGCCCUGCUGAAGAACACCAACUCCUCAGUGGUGCUCAAAGCCCUGGAGAUGAGGGCAUGUGAAGCCCAGGAGGAGCAGGGUCACCUACCACCCCCUGAGGACACACAGGCGAGCUCUGAGAGCAGCGAGUGGUCACCGUCCUGGGUUAUGUGGCUGGGGCUGCCACGAUAUUUGUACAGCUGCAAAGAAAUUGUAUUACGAAGAAAUACAUCUGGAAGUCUUGGCUUCAGCAUCGUAGGAGGUUAUGAAGAACAUAGUGGGAACAAACCAUUCUUUAUCAAAUCCAUUGUUGGGGGAACACCAGCAUAUAAUGAUGGCAGAAUUAGAUGCGGUGACAUCCUCCUUGCUGUCAAUGGCAAGAACACAUCAGGAAUGAUGCAUGCCUGCUUGGCAAGGAUGCUCAAAGAACUAAAAGGAAAAAUUACUCUCACAAUUGUGUCCUGGCCUGGCACAUUUUUAUAAAACAAGUCUUCAUGGAGAGUGUGACAAGUAAUUUAACAUGGGGAAAACAUUUUAAAGAAAAGGAGCACCAGUCUUUGCUUUUUUGGGGAGUAAAGUAUGUAUUUAUAAAGAAAAGGUUUGUGAAAUUUCAACCUGCAUGUCAAGAAAAGUCAAGUUUAGGCAAAGCAGUGACACCCAUCAGAAAAUCACUUCAGAGUGAUCCAAGCUACAGACUUAAGUCCUUCCUUCCCUGUGUUCUUAAGGGUUUUUGUUGUUUUUUUUAUACAUACCUGUAUAUCUAUUUAAUGCAUUAUAAUAAUAAUAAUGAUAAUGAAACUUAAGGAGCAACAGCUUCUGCUCACCCACUUUAUUUUGAUUUACAAAAAGAAAACCUUGAAUAACUUAUGGAAAUAUUUCUUGCAAUUUUUCUAGUUGCAAUAAUCAGGUGAAGGUUUUUAUCCAACACAUUAAUAGCACUUUGAUUAUGUGUACCUUUUCAUGGUCAGCAUGAAGCUGGUAUUUUCAAGACUUUCAAGUACUGUUUGUUAGUCUGUAAAACUGUGAAUGAAAUUUCUAAAAUAAUUAAAAAUAACUGUAACUGUGUA